AUGGGAACAGUGACCUGGACCGACGAGUGGCAUUACUACGGAGAGAGCGCGAAUGUGCUGGGAGCGAGCCCAUUGAAUACCUCGGACUGGGGACCUGGUGGAGGUGGUGGGGAUGAAGAGGUGGGGGAGGCUGUAGUCAUCCCAGUCGCCCUCCGACGAGUCCCCGACGCGGAGCGCAGGAGACAUCGCCAGCCGGCAGACCAAGGCGGCCGGGUGUGGAUGCUGCCUCCCCCCCGCCCCCCUCGUGUGCCGGGCCGGCCUCGGCUGGCGCCUUCACCGCUCACGGCACUUGCCCCUGCAGCCUGCGAGGGCUACGCGGGGGAUCUUUGCGUUGGGGGCGUUGGGGCGGUGCCUGGGCCCGGAAGAGACGGGGGACGAGGGGUGCUGGAGGCUCCUCGGCUCGGCAUGGAGGCGGCGGCGGCGGGGUCGGUCCGGGUCGCGGUGCGCGCGGCGCGGGGUCGCCACGAGGUCACGGCGCCCGGGGCCUGCACGGUCCGCGAGUUCAAGACGGAGUUUCUGGCGCCGCGCUUCAAGGCGCCGGCGGAGCAGCUGGUGCUGAUCUUCGCCGGGAAGAUCCUCAAGGAGGGAGAGACCCUGGCCCAGCUCGGCAUCACGGAUGGCCUCACGGUGCACCUGGUCAUCAAGAACCCGAGCAGGUCUGCGUCUGAAUCAACACAGCCUUCGGCUCCUUCCGAUGCCAACCCCAUUGACAGCAGCAGCGCCGACAGCAGCAGCAGCAGCAGCACCAACCCUGCAGCAGCAGCAGCAGGCGGCGUGACGCAUCCUGGCCCAGCCCCACCAGGUGCGGGGAGCGCAGGGGGCGCGGGGGGGCCGGGCAUCCCCUUAGGGAUGGGGGGCCUGUGGGGGCCCGGCCUGGAGUCGUGCAGCCUCUCGGAGCUGCAGCGGCACAUGCAGCGCCAGCUGAUGGCGAGCCCGGAGCUGCUGGCCCAGCUCAUGGAGAGCCCCGUGGUGCAGAGCCUCCUGGCGGACACGCGCACGCUGCGCCAGCUCGUCGACUCCAACCCCCACAUGCAGCAGCUGAUGCAGCACAACCCGGACAUCGCGCACAUCCUCGCCAGCCCGGGUCUCGCUCGCCAGACGCUGGAGUUGGUGAGGAACCCGGCGGUGAUGCAGUCGAUGGCGUGGGGUUCGUUGGGAGGGGGGCUGGAGCCCCGCACCACGGACCCUCCCUCUCCACAGGGACCCCACGGUGGCCCCGACGGUGCCCUCCACCAGCAGGAGCAGGCACCAGCAUGGCCGGGCGACCAAACGGGCGCUGAGCCGCCCGGCUCCUCCUCGUCCGCUGCCUCUGGCGCAUCCGCCGCGACUGGCGUCUUCCCGGGGCUAUAUCCGACCGGGACAUCCGCCCCGCUGGCGCCGGGCACGGGGCUGGAGAGCGCGAUGCAGGGGGUGAUGCAGCAGGUGAUGGAGAGUCCACAGCUGCUGCAGAGUUUGAUGUCGGCCCCGUACGUGCGCAGCACCAUGCACAUCCUGGCGCAGAACCCCGAGCUCGCGUCACAGAUGAUUCUGAACAACCCGCUAAUCGCUGGGAGCGCCCACCUGCAGGAGCAGCUGAGGAUGCAGCUCCCGCUCUUCCUGCAGCAGCUGCAGAACCCCAAGCUGCUGAGCUCGCUGUCGAACCCGCACACGCUCCAGGCGCUCAUGCAGAUUCAGCACGGCCUGCAGACCCUCAACAGCCACGGCGCGGGAAUGGUGCCCGCGUACGGCCUGCUUCCUGGAGGUCUGUUCGGGACGUUUGGCCCACAGAUGCCUGCUGCCCCUGCUGCCCCUGCUGCCCCCGCUGCCCCCACUGGGUCGGAUGCCCCCUCAGGUUGUCCCCAGCAGCAGCUGCUGCAGCACAUGGUGCUCACUGCAGGGCUGCAGGCUCCAGGACCUGAGCCUCCACGGCUGCAGCAGCAGCUGGAUCAGCUGGGAGCCAUGGGCUUCAUGAACCGCGACGCCAACGUGCAGGCGCUCGUCGCCAGCGGCGGGGACCUGGGCGCCGCCGUCGAGAGGCUGAUGAGCCGGCAGCCGUCGUAGGCCCUUGGCCUGCUGUGCCUCCGGUCGCGCUCUCGGACUCCCCUCGUCCUCUCGGACUACCGUCGUGCGCUCUCGUUCGGUCGUGCGACUCUCGGCGUGACGGGCGCACGGUGUAAGGACACGAGCCGCAGAGAACCACGCAGUUACGGGGAUUGAGCGAGGUCUGUUACACGCGAGCACUUGGUAGGUUUACCAAAAGUAAAAAGACGAUGCUCCUCCCGUGUCGCCUUCUACAGACUCGGGGCAAGUGCUGUUGGCGAGGAGCCGUGAUUAAGGCCAGCACAAUACACGAGGGGGUGGUGUGACGGCCAGCACUACACUCGGCUGCUUUUGUCUCCCAAGUGGUGAUGUUUACACACCACACCGGGCACUGAUUUAAGGAUGAGUUGGUCUCGGGGAGGCCCAGGACCAUUUCUGCUAUUGCUCGCCAUUGACGUUCGGUGUGGCUGGGAAGUCUGCUGGUGAUUUUUUUUUAACUGCUGCCAGAGAAUUAUGUGAUCUGUGCCUUACUCCGAGUGUUACGCCCUCGCAUGUGGCGGUGGUGGCUACGGCACGCCUGUAAGCUGAAGGCGAGGGUUGGUGGAUCGCACAAACGUUGUGAAACUCCCUCCCUUUGGGUACCACACCCUGGCUCAGCCGGAGACGGCGGCGGUGCAGCAGGAUAGUGUUGCCCGCUCACAUGCGUGGUAUCCUGCCACAUUCAUUGGCAGAUAACACCUUCAUAUACAGGGAGGACCACAGAACUUGGGCAACUUUUGCCACCUGUUCACCACCCGGUCUUCCUGCUUGUCUGUGGUUCCUCUCACAUGCGAGUCGUUCCCUCUGUGCGGGAGCGAGCGCUGCACUGCAAGCUAGGCGGCUUCUCUCCGAAUGCUGCUCCCGUUUCAUCCCAAACAAAGCAAGAGGCUCUUCAAAAGGAAUUUGCCAAACAUCACGGUCCAGUUCCCAGCUGUCAAUGAGUCUCCAGACUCUUGAGGCUUCUUUCCUGGAGCAAAUCAUUGUCCAGCGUCGUGUUGUUAAACGCCACGACUCCCUCGUCCCUGAGGCAGGAGCCCGGUUUUUAGUGUUACAUGUACCCAGUAAACACGCUACGUUGGGCCACCGUGUGUAAGCUUCCUGUGUGUAUACUUUGACUCGAGACGGAACUCUUGCGUUCGCUGUGCGUGAUGGCCUGCCGGGGCUGGCUGGGUUCUGACGCCGUGCCGUGGUGCUCGCGGUGGCUGCGAGGCUAUUUGAUUUGUUGUUGUGUUCGUGCAUUAAACCCACGCCAGAGUUCGUCGGAUGAUGUUCUACUGGUCACCUGUGCAAAA